UAGAGAUACCACCUGGUUUUCAAUGAUUGAUGAUGAUUGGCCCGGUAUCAAGCAAGCUUUGGAAGCUUGGUUAGACCCUUCGAACUUCGAUGACGAGGGCAAGCAGAAGAGGAGGCUAGAAGAGUUCAGGCAAUGAUAAACAGAGAUGAAAAAUAAGGCGGUAGACCUGGAUUAUAGAAAGAGUAAAUGAAACUUAUAAGAAGUCCAGAAGUCACGACAGAUUGGGUUUUUGCAAAGUUGCUUAAAGGUAGGUACGUAUUAAAAUGGCUUGUUUGUGGCAGAUCAUUCAAUGUGGCGCACAGAAUCAGCUGAUCACAGCUGGUGUGAAAGCCAUCUGCAAAGCUCAACUUCCCUCGUUGGCGUUUGCCAAAGGGCAGUAAGAGAGAAAUUUCAUCAUAAUCAAUCCCGUGGUCCCCUUCACUUGCCUAAUGCGCAUCAGCUAGGACGUCGUACUCCGCUCGGGGCCGGCCCGCUAAAUCGCAGAUUCGGGUCGUCGUACAUUCCGGGAGCAGAGCUACCCAAGGUUCCGGUUCUCAGGCCGACAAUAUGGGCUAUCGCCGCUACGGCUACUAUCUACAUCGGGUGCGCUACGUACAGUGUCUACCGGGAAGUCCGGGUCGUCAAGCAGAGAGGGGACUACGAGGAAUAUGUGAUUAAUUCGUACGACGACUUGGAAUACGUCAGGAGGCGCGGGGAUAGCUCCCAUCGCAUCCCGUCCCGCCGGCAGACUACGGCGGCGAAGUGGUAUCCGACGGAGCAGCUCUGGACCAUUUUCAAGGGACGCACGGACGCAGAUAUAAUGCUCCUAUGCGCUGCGGCCCUCAACCUCAGCCUUUUCGGAAUUAGCCCUCUUGCUCCCGGAUCCGUGGCUCCGUAUCUGAAGCACAUACCUGUCUCCAGCCCCAAUAAAACGCUCCUGACCUCUGCCUUUGGACACAGCGGCGCUAUUCACACCACGCUUAGUACGGUUGUGUUGCUCCAGCUCGCUUCUAAGACCACGCGCUCUCGUGUAUUCGAGGGAAACGGUAGCCACUUCGCCGCUUUUUAUCUUUCGACCGGCAUCUUUACAUCGCUGGGGCAUCAGCUCGCAACUUUACUGCCGACGCGGAAGUAUCGAUUCUUCCGUUUAACGCCGGCAAGGGGGGCAAGUGGCGUAAUCUGCGCUUUUCUGGGAGCUUGGGCUACAAUGAACCCCAAUAUGAGACUCAGUUUCUUAUUUCUACCUGGAUAUUCUUUUCAUGUCCAGGACUUUCUGGCUUUUAUGGUGAUACUAGAGACGUACGGGCUUUUUAUCGGGUUACCAUAUAAAUCCAUGCCACACGCGGCACAUCUGAGCGGGCUAGCAAUUGGGUCAGCGUAUACUUACUUCGACGGGAAGAAAAACGUGUGGCAUCCUACCUGCCAAUCCGCCUUUCUAUUGAUGAAGCGCUUGAAAAUGAUAUGACGGGGAGAAGAAGAGGUGAAUAGCACAGGAGCUCUAUGGGACAAUGAACAGUCGAGAUUACACUUAUAGAGAAGCUAUUUGGUUGUUGAAUGCUGUAUACUAGGUAAUGCCAUUCAGUGUCAGCAAUAUAUUUA